ACUCCUGUACGACUGAGAGCCUACACAGACGUUUAUCUUAGGUCACAUGACCGUGGUGUCGCUUAACAUUUUUCUCCUUUCUCCACCAACUCUUCAUCUUCACGCGGUGCCUCCUUCCAGCCUUGAAGCAGGCGGACAGCGAGGGUGAGCUGAACCGGGCCGACAGUUUGGGCUCGGCAGGAAGCAGCAGUACACUGGCAUCCUCCGUCAUCGAGGUGGAGUCUGAGCGGGCCGAGCAGCACCACAAGCAGGAAGAGGAGGAGAAAUUUGCUAAGGAGGAAGAUGACGAAGAGGAGUUAUCCGCCCUAUGCGCUCCUCCUACUUUGUCCAUCACAGAGGAGAUUCUGGAGUUCAUCAACCAGACCAGAGCGAGGGAGGGACUGGUUAUGGCGGAUCAGGGCCUGGACCAGGCUGCUGAGGAACUUCAGGAAAGGAACUUCACCUGCCCGCUGCCUCCAGUGGCCUCCAGCCCAGAGCAGACGCUCACAUUGCAACCCCAGGAGGAAGAUGACACAAGUGUCGGAAAGCAGACUGCUGGCUCUGAAAAUGAACUCGAAAGUGAAAGUGCUACCACGGUUCAUGAAGAAGAGGAACAGGGAGUGGAUCCGGAGGAAGAGGUGGAAAGAGAGAUAGAUCUUAGGACAAUGACAGAAGAAGCCCAAAAAAAGAACACAGUCUCCACACCAACACCUUCUUCCCCAACGCAGCUUCAUCCUUCCAUCUCAAUUGUGGAGGACGGCGAGGCGAGUAGUCACUUCCAGCAGGAGGAGGCCAUCAACUGCCUCUCAAAUCAGGAAGACUAUCAUCAGCCCACCAAAAGUCGUAAAGCAAAUAGAGGCUCUGCUCUUUCUGGACGUGACAAGAGGAUCAUUGAAAAAAUCAGGAGCUACUACGAGGCAGCUGCUGAGCUGGAGGAGGAGGAAUCAGGUGAAGACGCUGGAGAGGGACAAGAUGAGACGUCUUUCAGGAAGAACAGUUUCUCGCAGAUCCCCAUGGGGCUGGUGAAAAAAUCUGUGUCCCAUUUUGAUUUGAGUGGUCACCAAAACAGGGACAAGAAACAGACAAUUGAACCAACCCAAACAGAGACUGAUCAUGAGAUAAAUCCCUGUACCUCUCUCCAACUUCCAGAAAAUACUGAGGAUCACGAGGAACACGUAGAUAAACCCAUAAAGCUCCUGCAUUUGGAAGCCAAACACAAAAGUCUCACUGACGAGUCACCAACCUCCAUCCAGGUGGAAGACAGUGAGACUCCAAAUGAAUCCACCAUCAUCAGGCCCACUGAAGUUGACAAAGAGAUUGAGGUGGAAAAUGGAACAGCCUGCAAAGAGCAGUCAGAUGGAGAACGGAAUGAAGCAGCAGAGAACAGUAAAGGUGAAAACCCACAACAAGAAGAUGGAUGCCGGAGCACAGAGAGAAAUGGAAUAAGUCCAAGUGCUUCUUCAGAGCAAGAUGUGGUGAAUGAGUCUGGAUAUAACAAAAAAGAACCAGAAGAACCAAAUGGAAAUCUGAAAAAAUCCUCUAGACCUCUUUCAGAGACCCCACCAUGUCAGAAAUCUGAAUUCACGUGGACUAGAACCAAGACCAGUAGAAACCUUGAAGAACUUCCCAGUCAAAUUAAACUUGGACGAGGUUCCCGGCAGUCCAGGAUUGUCACAACUAACCGGGCCUUGUUUGAGGGCAUGCUAUCAGACAUCACAGGAAUUGGUUUAUUUGAGGCUAACCCUGUGGCAGACCCCUCGCUGAUGGAGAACUCUGAGCGUAUCCUCAGCAAAGUCCAAACACUGGCACGCAUGUACAGUGCAAAAGCCAGCACCAUGAAGGUGCCAUUGCAUCAAAAACGGACCGUUUUUGUUCGCAACAAAGUCGGAGAUCUGACUGGACUAUGUGGUGUUUCAACUCAGACCACAAGCCAAGCUCAUUGGGAUUUUCACAAUAAAUGUGGAACACAAAUGAACAAACAGCUAAAAUAUGACAAACGAAGUCCGAGAACGACUGAUGCUGAGCCAAAAACCAAAUCGGACAUCAAAAACGAAGCCCAAAGACUCUCCAAGACCAAAGUCAAUAGCAGCACCAUCACAGAUCAGACAUCUUCAUCACAUCAUCAGACAGGGAACAUGUCACAAGUCCUUACCAAAGGACAGACCCAUACCAAGGCUAACAGCGAGAAGCAGAACCAUAUGGUGACCCUCGAGGACGAAAGGAGCUUGGAGGAGAAGAUUACCACACAAGGAGAGAGCAAAAGAAAUGACGUCCAGGAGAUGGCGGUGCCCAGUGACCCGCUUGUGUUAGUCAAAGACCAGCAAAUCACAACAAACGGAUUCAGCCUCUCCAGGCCCAGGGACUUCAUCUCAGCUCUGAACAGAGACCAAGACAAUCGUAUGGACCAUAGACCUCCUCAGGUCCCCAUCACACCAGACGCAGCGUCACCCACUUCUUCAUCCAGUGUCAACCAGGCUGCCAGUAACACCCACAGGUCAGAGUCGAGUGAAAGAAUCAAUGUUUACACAGAAGACUCUACAUCUGUAAACAGCAUUGUUCAUGACCACUCCAGUCUGUCUGCUCACAUAUCGCAUGGGAAUAUUUCCAAAGAUGGAGCUGGUCAGUACAAGUAUAAACAAGAUUUGCCAGCUGAGAAAGACAAACAUGUUCCAGAAUUCCAGAUUCCUCCAAAGCAUAGUGAGAGUACAACACAACCAAGCCAAGAUAUACACAGUGUUCACACAGGGUCCGAAUACUUCGUCUGCACUGGACGCAGGGAUGGAGAGCCAAGCCCGGCAGAGGUUGUGUUGAUGUUAUCAUCAACACACAGUCUGACACCAUCACAAUGCCACACUUUGGUUUCACCAAAAUCCAAACAGCCUCCAGAGGAGCCCCAGAAAGAAUCUGGAAGUAACAUGCUGGAAGGAGGAACUGGAGUUCUUGCAGUCCCUGGACCCCCGAGCAAACAACAUCUCCCAGGGAUGAAUACAAUCCAAUGUGAUUUAAAGACGUAUUCAUCACAAACAGGGAAAUCUUCGCAAGAGCUUAAAGUUACUGGACCAGCAUUCCUGAGACAUCAGAGAGAGGGACCAAGUCCAGUGCCAUCACUGGAAUCAAAACCUUCCCAAACACAACCUGAAGUGCCCUUCUCAGUCUGUUCCUGGAAACCAGACCACCAGGGUCCAGGAUCGCCCAUCUUAAGCCCUACCACAGGAUGCUGCGCUCCUUCUCAAGCAUUGUUGGAUGUGUGCUGUCUGGCGGGGACAUCACCACCCAAAGCCACGCCUGACCAGGACACAGAUGUCAGAAGAUCCUCCCCUGCCUUUAGACCAAGUUUCAAAUUCACAUCUCCUUCUCCCACUGCACCAAACCUCACACCUAGGGCUCUUCCAUUAUCUUCUCCCACCCCCCUGUCUAACAAGGGCUUUAUUUCAGCGGACACUGUUUCACAAACUCCCGCUUGUUUCUCUUCGCCUCCAUUAACUGGAAGGAGCUUCUCCAAGCAAGUUCCUUCUGCCUCCUCUGCUUUCAGUGGAAAGUCUUCAUCCAUAGAAGCAGGACCUUCUUCCUCCCCUACAAUUUCUUACUCCCUCCGCUCUCCAACUUGUUCCUCUCCCGUUCCAUCAUCCUCCACAUUCACAAGGUCUUUAGCUGCCUCCUGUAUAAGCCAGUCCAUCAGUCAAAAUUUGGCAAAAAAGAACAAUGUCAGACAAGUCCAAACCUCAAACACAUUAAAUCCCUCCUCCUCACCAUCCCUACCAUCUUCUCACCGACGGCGGUGCUCUCCAUCACCUCGGCUCCCUUCAAACCAGGAAGGUUCCACCACGCCAGCCCAUUCCUAUUUGGGGUGCACAACGGAUGGGAAUCAAUAUCCACGGUAUCUUCCAUCUUCUCUCCGCUCCACCUGUUCUUCUCCAUCAUCAACUCUUCACUCUCUUUUUCAAAGCUCUUCUUCUUCUUCUUCACAUAUGAGGCAGAGUCAUCAUCCACCUUUGUCAACCACCUGUGCUCCAUUUCAUCAGUCCCGCUAUCACCAAUUGGACUCCUCACAGAAUGUCAACAACAGCAAUAAUACUAACUUGCCUCCUUUGACCACAACACACUUCAACAAUACAAGUGGUAAUUAUGAUGUUAGCAGCGGGCCUUGGUCAGCCAGUCCACAGAGGAUGCAGUUAGGUAAUGGAAGCACCAGUACCACCACCACGCAACAAACCAAUGAUCGUUUGUCGUUUGGGUCACACAACCGUGUAGCCCGGCCUUUUUCUGCAUCCGAGCCAAACUCAAGAGUCCAAUCUCCAUCCCCAUGUGUGAGCCCUGCUUCCAUUAAUGGGCUCUGCUCACCACCACCUCAGCACCACUACUCCUCACCCAUGGCAAACAAGCCUCCCCACCCCAGAGGCUCACGGAUGGGAGGUGCAAGUUACCAUAAUCCAUUAGGUCUAACUUUGGAGAUUCCUAAAAUCUCCUCCGCAAGUCAGUCUUCCUCACAUUUCAGCCCUCAAAUCCUCUCCCCGCCACCUAUCGGCGUGUCAGUUUGGACUUGUGAUGUGGCAGUGCCCCAACCCAGAAAUCCACGAGUCACCUCUCCUUCUCUGCCUUUUUCUUGUCCAGGCCAACCAAGCCUUCCAAAUGCCUCCACACCCACUUCCCCUCCUCCUUCCGCCUCUCUGCACGGUUUAACAAGAGCUGCAUCUCCUUCUGCCCUCUGGGUUUAUGGAUCCUCAAAAAAGUCUCAUACUCUACGAAGGUCUCUUUCCAACCUGUCAGAUAGACCCCCUAGCCCAGCUCAGAGUAGACCUGAUGGAUUGCGUUACUCCUGGGCUGAGAGCAGUCAAAGGUCUUUUGGCUGUACUGCUAAUUAUCAAGAUUCUUUUGAGCAGCAGGGGUCUAGUCCAACCAGUCCAAGGAGUGCAGGGUCCUCCUAUGGAAGUUCACCAUCUGGCCUGAACCCUCGAGGAGGACUUCAGUCUCCAGCCUCCCCCAGAAGAUUUAGUCCAGGGAGGGGCAGCUUUAGUGUGCCUUUCCCCAGUGAACCUUGGCUGGAUGGACAAAUGCUUUGUAAGACGUAUAAUGGAAGUGACGGCCUCUAUGCAAGUGGUUCCUGCACUCCUUCUCCUCAAAUCUCACUUUCCCAGUCCCUAAACUCCUCUCUGGCUGUCAGUCAAGCAGAUUGGGGCGAUCCGGAGCUGGAAGAGGGGAACUGUCGGAGUCAGCUAAUUUGUGCCUAUGUUGGCGGACCUCCGCAAGAACAAAACCUCUACUCCUCACCCUGUGUGGCCCUUUCCUCACCCUCAGCUGCUCACAACCAGUCCCAACUCAAUGCACCUUCUCAAGUCCAUGUAGGCAAUGUAGAAGCAUCUGUACCGUCACUGGCGUCAUCUCUUACCAAAGUGUCCAACCAGAAGACCAGCUAUGCCACAACAGUCAACCUCCAGAUUGCGGGAAGUGGUCGUAUAACAUCCUUCAGCACCGCCCAUGUGAGUGUGAGCCAACCAUUGCAGGGUGGAUCUGGAUCUGGGCAACUGCAGAUAGCAAGAAGAGUCAGUGUUAAUGGAUUGUCACACAUGUCUUCUCCUCUUCCUCAUAACUGCAGCCAGCGAUGAAGAGACUUUCUAUCCCUCAUUGCUUGAUGAAGGCAUGGAAAUAAAAAGAUCAGAAUGAGUCCACUUGGUUCAAAGUGAUCAUUCUCAAUCUCUAAGUGCAACAUUAAAACAUUGGAAUGUUUGAGGACUGGCCAAGAUACAAACUCAGCGUACAUUCUUGUACGCAAUGAUUCAAGAGUGAAAGAUUCUCUUGUGUGUGGAAAACAUGUGGAAGCCUUCAGAGACUCUGUUCGUGUCGAAAAAGCACACAACUUUGAAUGUUUUUAGAGUAGAUGUGGACAUUUAAAGGUGCGGGUCUACUCCUACUCCAUUUAAAAUAAAUCUGUAAAUCUUUUGUGACAGCUACAGUGAAAGUCAAACAAAUGCAGCGACGUUACGUAUUGUUAUUAUUAUUUGUUUUAUUUAAUCAAAGCCUCUGGGUUAUUUUUGGCCUCUGGGUUAUGAAUUAGUUAACCAAUUGUAUUCCUGUUAUUUUAUUGUUUAUUUAUGAAAGGCACUUAAUAACUUUUGAGUCAAGUUGAUGAUUUGCACAGUGUUAGGUGCAUGCGUCAGCCCUGACAUCUGUGUUGGAAAUAACACGUCUGGAACGUUCAGACUAAUCCAUUUGUUUGCAACACCAGUUCAAGUUCCCUGAGCACGUAACAUCGACCCCCUUGACACCAGACGUGGUGCGGGGUUCUCUUCCUGGAAUUAACGAACAACCACAAGGAGGAGGCCAAGCGGCUUAAGCACCAUGAGCUCACUGAGGAAUGUUGAGGCUUUGCGACCCGCUUUCUUUGUAAGACCUGCACCCUGCAUGGCAUCAAAGGAGCUGCAAGACAAGUAAUCUAAUCUACCACAGAAGCUGCAAAGAUAGCUUCCAGAGGAAUGCAAGAAGUGGGCCAAUGCUGCUGGGACACAAGUUCAAGUCUGAUCAGCUCUGGCUGUGUCGGUGUCUGAUGUUGUGAGAGCCGAAACACCCAAUGAUAUCAGGAAACAUCACUUAUGAUGUUUCCCAGUGCAUUCCCUGAUGUACAGUAUCUAUACACCAGCAGGAUGACUACAUGAAAAAAUAUUGAAAUAUGUCUUCACAAGUUUUGGACUUUCAUGUCCCCUCAGCAAUAUUACUGCAAUAGCUUCAUUCCCAUUGAUUGAUACUGUAAGUGCUUAAAGGAAAACUGGACUUUUUUUUUUAUUUUGCCCAUCAUCCACAAUCCUUAUGUAAGACAUGAACACGUAUUUCUCUUUUCUGUGCUUUCUAAGGAUAUAAAAACAGCUAAAAAAAAAAAGACGCAGCUAAGAAUGCAUGUAAUGGGACUAUUCUGCCUGUAAAGCUCCUGAAAAAAAAUUAAAAAACCGCCAACAAUGCCCCAUUUACAUAAUGUGACCUGCAUAUUAACAAAGGUAAUAUUAAAAAGUGCAGUUUUCCUUUAAGGCUGGUCCUAGCUGGAGUCAAGCUGUGUGCAAGAAUUGCUUGGUGCUAAAAAUCAAAUGGUAAUUUAAUGUAAAGUAUGUCAGUUGUCAGUGAAAGAAAGGAGUGAUCACGAUCAAUGUAGUGUACAUGUCAUUGAGAGUCGUGCAUGCAUGUGCAAGUUAGACUAGGUUAGAUAGGCUCUACCUGAAUGGCCAGUUAUGUGGAUCAUCGGGACAAAACAUAUCUGCAGCAGUACUUUAUACACUGUGUGGAUGUGAAACAUGAGCUGGGCUGUUUACUUUGUGCACCAGUGGCACAUAGACAAUGUGCUGUUCAAAAAAGGGAAGUCUGUAUGUGAACAACCUGUACAUCAAAUAAAAGUGUGCUGUGCA